AUGAAUAUGUUGGAUGAUGAAGAUGACCAAAGCUUUCACGCUACGCGUGACAGCUACUCCCAUUUGAGCGAUGUCGAAUGGGAUGCGGUUGAACGGAUGGGUUCAACCAUGGGCAUCCAUGCUGUUAGCGUCAUGCUAGAGGCUCUCAAUAGAGAUGCCCAAUAUGCUACUAUCGCCAAGUUCACUCAAAACGAACUUGACGCUGUACGCGAGAAAGUAGCCUUGCUUCACCAACAAGGUUCUCAACAAUCAGAGUUGUUGAGAGAACAGGGUGUUCAACAGUUUGAACUGUUGAGACAGCAGCAGGCUGCUGCUGACGACGCCAUAAGGGCACGUCGCAUCGACGACGGGGAAAUGCAAGUUGCAUUUGCCCAGUCAAAUCUGGCAGGACGUGCCAAGACUUGGGCACUGGGGCUCAAGUUGCACGACCCAUAUGCGUUUGGGUCGUUGGAAGUCUUCAAGUCGCGGCUUAGACAAACGUUUGAACCGCCUAGAGCUGAGUUCAGGGCUCGGACCGAACUCUUGAAGCUCAAGCAGGGUAAGCGUGAUGUGCACGCUUACGCGCAACAUAUACGACAUCUCACGAGUUGUAUUAGUUCCAACCCGGUUGAUGAACACACGUUGGUUUCGCUGUUCAUGCAGGGUCUUGCGGAUGGUCCCGUCAAGACUCACCUGUUCCGACUUGAACUAGAUUCACCAGAACAAGCAAUUUCCAUUGCGGAACAAGUCUGA